AAAUAAAAUCAAUGACACUUGAUAUAUUUGCGGGCGCGCAGCUUUUCAAAUGUGCAACGGGUGUAUUCCAAUUAUCGAUAAGUAUGUCGUGUCAUUUUCCAACACUGUAGCAUUUGAAAUACGGACAGCUGCCUUGCAGCAGGCAGGGGCGAAAGAAAACUGUAAAAUUAGUAUAUAAAAAACCAAUUAAAUAUUGCAAAAUUACUUACUGUAGUUGUAAAAGAUGUACACAGAUGAGGUACGAACACCGCAAACACUUCGGACGAGGUAUUACGCCAGUCUGAACGAGAUAAAAUGCCGAGUUACGACAAGCGGCAGACGCAGCAGCAGCAACAACAACAACAGCAAUUGCUUGACGGCGGCGUCUGCAACGCCUACGAAUGGCGCCAAGCAGAACAGAUCAAAAAGUAGUCCCCAAAUGUGCACAAUAGUGUGCACACCGCCGCCCAAAAGGCUGCAAAAGGUGCGAAAUCCAUUUGAAGGCGCUUUGACUGAUCGUCUACAUUUGCCGCUAAUUGCCAGUCCUUCGCUUUUCCAAUGCCGUUCGCGAACUCCACAGCUAUCGUCCACACAGUUUGAGUGGGACAUUGAGGAGGUGUCACAACUGAAGCCCGCCGAUGUGGAACCCCACGAAACACAAUUUCAUGAUUCGCCGGAUCCCGAACAGGAAUCCAAGGCACAACUUGCCAUCAGUGCCUUCUUCAAGGAAUCUCACAUUGUGCCAAGUCCAGUGGACUGUCCGCUGCGUAAGCAACGCAUCAUACUUAACGAACUAGAUGAUAAUACGCCCAUUUCGAAUAAAACCAAGACGCGCUUUCGCGACUGCGAGGUUCAAACGGAACUAACACUGCCCCCAGUGCUGCCCAAGGCUCUGGAAGAAGCUCUGCGUCCCUAUUUGCAGCCACAUUUGGCGGGCCCGCGAGUCAUCAAAUCCGGUAGCGGGGCUGACAUUUUCAACAGCUCCAUGCGGCGAAAGCUCUUUGACUUACAGAAUGUCAUAGUAUUAGGGGAAGUGGAGCAGCAGCAGACAACCGAAGAGGAACAUGCCCAAAUGGUGGGUUCGAGUCCACAGGCUAAGCAAACCAUGUUUGCUGGCCGCCUCUCAGACUCCACUGGCGAAGGCUCCAGCAGCUUUGGUUGCCUCUCGCCCAUACGCAAUCUGUGCGGAUUGCCGCCGGGCACACCUGACGAUGGCAAUGGAGCACGUAGUGCCCGAAAGCGUAAGCAGCUGCUUCACGAAUUAAUCGAGCUGCCUUCCCCCAUUGCGCCCUCAGAGCAUUUGAGUCGGCGUCUGCAUAGAAGCAGCCAUAACACCAGCGAGCAUGUAACUCUCUCGGAGCUCACGGGCACCGGUCGAAUGGCCUGCAAGUUUACACCCGAUCGCAGUUCAUCACCCAUGGCAUUGGAGUAUUCCACAGACAGCAGCAUCAAUCAGCGGGUGAGUCGCUUGCGUGUUAAUAGCGCACAAUUGCCAAUUGAGGAGGUUGAGCAGGUCGAGAUUGUGGAUGAUGUGGAGGCAGUCGUGGUAGAAACAGAGCUGGAAUAUGAAACCGAUACGGAGGAGGAAGAUGGCAUGCAAUUGUCACAGAUGUCCACCAAUAGUUUCAAUUGCAGCUCAUCCAAUUCGGACACACCGCGUGUCCUUCGACGACGUCGUUCGGCGAAUCGCAAGAAUUUGUCGCAAUCGUUUAUUUCCAAUCUGUUAGAUGGAACGGAACAUCUGGAGGACGAAGCUAACGUUGACCGGUCACCCCCGGUCGAGAUUAAAGCGGAAGUAUAUCCAGCUCCUCAACGCAUUGGAUUCUAUCGCACGGACAGCGGCUUCAAUGAAACCAGCAGCACCUCCAAUUUGGCCUGCUCCCAGGAGUUGCCCAGCGGCAGCAAUUACGAAUGCACCUCGCUCGAUGUCUCAAUGGCCUGCUGCUCGACGCCCUCAACACGUUCUUGACAAACAAUCAUUCGUUCAAAAAAUGAUUCGUCUAUACACUAUAUUAGUUUUAUAUUCAAAAUUUUAAUGCAAUAACCAUUUUCUCUUAAACGAAAGCAAGACUAAAGUACUGCAAUGUAGCCCACCGUUUAAUCACCAAGGCCUUUCGUAAUUAUUGUUAAGUUUAGUUAAUAGUUUAUUAUUGUAUUCGUGUUUAGCAAAUUUUAAAUGUUCAUUGUCCCACAAUAGUUGCCAAAAUAGUUUUUUAAGUUGUCAUCGUUUGCAAUUUCAGUUUAAUUGUCCAUUGAAUAAUCUUAGUUAACACUCAAAUAUUUUAUAAAUUAAAUAAAGAAUUAAACUAGAAA